AUGUGCAAGCGGAACCUGGAGGUGAUGGACUCAGUGCGCCGUGGCGCCCAGCUCGCCAUCGAGGAGUGUCAGUACCAGUUCCGGAACCGGCGCUGGAACUGCUCCACCCUCGACUCUCUGCCUGUCUUCGGCAAGGUGGUGACUCAAGCUGGGGCAGGCAAACCCCCUGACCAGGGAGCAGUAUUUACCACCUUGCUGGGGCACUCCCCGCUGCUCUGCUCCCAGGCUAUCCUGACGCACAUGCGGGUAGAGUGCAAGUGCCACGGGGUGUCGGGCUCCUGUGAGGUGAAGACAUGCUGGCGAGCCGUGCCACCCUUCCGCCAGGUGGGCCAUGCGCUGAAGGAGAAGUUUGAUGGCGCCACUGAGGUGGAGCCACGCCGUGUGGGCUCCUCCAGGGCACUGGUGCCACGCAACGCACAGUUCAAGCCACAUACAGAUGAGGACCUGGUGUACUUGGAGCCCAGCCCAGACUUCUGCGAACAGGACAUGCGCAGUGGCGUGCUCGGCACGAGGGGCCGCACAUGCAACAAGACAUCCAAGGCCAUUGACGGCUGUGAGUUGCUAUGCUGUGGCCGUGGCUUCCACACAGCACAGGUAGAGCUGGCAGAACGCUGCAGUUGCAAAUUCCACUGGUGUUGCUUCGUCAAGUGCCGGCAGUGCCAGCGGCUCGUGGAGUUGCACACGUGCCGAUGACUGCCUGCCAGCCCUGUGCCCGGCAACCACCUAGUGGCCCAGGGAAGGCCAAUAAUUUAAACAGUCUCCCAACAACUGCCCCAAGAGAUACUGGUUGUAUUUUU